AUGAGAUCUGCAAAUAGAUCUCUGGCUAUUUUGAAGAGCCAAUACAUCCACUUUCAGAAGAAGAGGAAAUCCUUCGAGCAUGAUCCCAAAUGCAACUGUAUUUUCAGAUAUUUCUGUACUCUUUUUCUAGUCAUAAAACUAGCAACUCCAUGUGCAAUCGUAGCUUUGGUGUACAUUGAACGACUUCUAACUAAUGCUAGCAUCGAUCUUUGUCCUACUAAUUGGAAAAAGAUUGUCCUUGGAGCCGUGCUUCUUGCCUCCAAGGUUUGGAGAAAUGGUGGUCUGUGGAGUGUGGAUGACAGCCAGAAUCCCAAGGACAUUGCAGUUGAGAACAUGGGCAAGAUGGAGAAGGGUUUCUUAGAGCUACUUGAGUUUAAUAUUCAUGUAUCUGCCAGUGACUAUGCAAAAUAUUACUUCGAUCUGCGUGCCUUGGCAUAUGGCCAUGACCUGUAUUUUCUAUUUGGUUCUCUUCACAAAGAUAAAGCACAGAAACUGGAGGUAAGGAUGUGAAGUCACUUAGUGGAAUUUUCCAUCGGCCACAA